ACCGCAAAACCUAGCCACCGGCCGUCUCGCAUCCUCCGUCUCCAACCUCUCCGACUCCUCGCGGGCCAUCCCUUCAAGAGAGGACUUCUAUUACUACCGCAAUUUCGACGAAUUCAAAGUCCCAAUUGAAGAAAUGGCACGCCAAUCCCAGUCCAUGCUCCAAUCCAUCGGCUCCUCCGCAAUCUCAGAGAUGGCUUUUCCCCAGGAGGAUUUGGACGACGCCUAUGAUUGGCUGGUGAAUGUCAACGACGACGUGCUCGAGAGAGUGGACGCGUCGCUGGACGAGUUCAAGAAGAAAGACGAAGAGGGUUUCCAGUUGGUGAGUGGGAAGAAGAAGAAGGACGCCAGGACUAUCAGCAAGCCCAAGGUCUCUUUUCACGUGCCCUCUAUUCGGAAGCCUCAGGAGGAGUUCAACAUUCUGGUUAAUAAUUCCAACCAGCCAUUUGAGCAUGUUUGGUUGGAGAGGAGUGACGAUGCCCAACGAUUUCUUCAUCCCCUAGAAAAGCUCUCAGUUCUUGAUUUUGUUGGCAAUGAUGUUGGGGAGGAUGAGCCUCUAAAACCGCCGGACUUAGAGGCUACUCCAUUUAAAUUUGUGGAGGAGGUCAAGGAUUUGAAGGAGCUUGCAGCUAAGUUACGCGGGGUUAAUGAAUUUGCGGUUGAUUUGGAGCACAACCAAUAUCGAUCCUUCCAAGGAUUGACUUGUUUGAUGCAAAUUUCUACAAGAACCGAAGAUUUUGUAGUAGAUACUCUGAAGCUUCGAAUUCAUAUUGGUCCUUACCUUAGGGAAGUUUUCAAGGACCCUUCUAAGAGAAAGGUGAUGCAUGGAGCAGAUCGAGAUAUUGUGUGGCUCCAACGUGAUUUUGGCAUUUAUAUCUGCAAUUUGUUUGACACCGGCCAGGCUUCAAGGGUAUUGAAAUUGGAGAGAAAUAGUUUGGAAUUUCUUUUGCAACAUUAUUGUGAUGUUUCUGCCAACAAAGAAUACCAGAACGCAGACUGGAGAUUCCGCCCUCUUACCAAAGAGAUGGUCAGAUAUGCCAGAGAAGAUACACACUAUCUGUUAUACAUAUAUGAUUUAAUGAGAGCAAAGUUAUCUUCCCUGCCAAAGGAAUCUGAAAACUCCGAUGCUCCUUUAGUAGAGGUUUACAGGCGCAGUUAUGAUAUAUGCAUGCAUCUCUAUGAGAAGGAAGUUUUCACUGAGAAUUCGUAUCUCCACAUAUAUGGGUUGCAAGGUGCUUGUUUUAAUUCUCAGCAGCUUGCCAUUGUUUCUGGUUUAUGUGAGUGGCGUGAUGUUGUUGCUCGCACAGAGGAUGAAAGUACUGGCUAUAUAUUACCGAACAAAACUCUUCUGGAACUUGCUAAACAGAUGCCUGACACAACUAACAAGUUAAGGCGAUUGGUGAAAUCAAAGCAUGCAUAUAUUGAGCAACAUCUUGCUUCUGUUGUUAGCGUCAUUAGGCACUCUAUGCAGAAUGCUGCCUUUUUUGAGGCUGCAGCUGAACGUCUGAAGCUGGGAUGUUUGGAAAUGGCAUCUGAAGAAAAUGUAUUGGAUAGUGAUAUUUCUGAACCCUUACCAGAUGAAUCUGGACACAAUUCAAUUAAUGAUGAUGUGUCUGCACCUUUACCAGCUGUCCUGCCUCAUAAAGAGGAGUUUACAGAGUAUGGAUGUGGUGCGUCCAAUGGAGACAACAUUGUAACAGGAAAAAGCAGGGAAGGAAGUAUCAUCGGCUGUUCCUUAAAAUCUGCAAAGGUUACUGGCGCAACUGUUCAGGUGCAAAAGAAGCCUAGUCGUGCUUUCAGUGCACUCUUGGGGACGGCAGUUCCAAAAAGAAAAUUUGAUGCUGGUGUAAAGGACAAGGAGGAUAAUAAGUUGGAGCAGAUUAGAUCUUCUGUCAACUUCCCAUUCCACUCAUUCUCAGGUAGUAGGAUGGAGCAUUCAAAUCCUAGGAUUGAAGGACCAGGACGAGGUCGUGAGAAUCCCCAUUCUGAAGUGGCCGUCACUGUAUCAUCUACCAGGCCGAGUUUGGGAGAUUUUAUAACAUUAGAGAAUGUCUCACAAGUACCUGAGCACAAGGAGAAUAACUCUGCGGCUUUUGCUUUGGGGUUGGAUGGAGAAGAUGAUCCUAUGUCUCUUUCAGAAUUGUCCUCAAGCUUCAAAAAAUGCUUUCCGCCACAUAAUCAAAAUAGGAAAGCCAGAGAAGUGGAGAAAUCCCAGGAAUCUGGGGGCUUACAGGUGAAACCUUUUGACUAUGAAGCGGCAAGGAAACAGGUCAUAUUUGAAGAAAAGCCGGCCAAGGACGUUGGAGCUGAGGGAGAAGGCAUGAAGAACCUGGGACCAAGGGCUAAGAAAAAAACUGUAGUUGAUGGGGAUGAUGGGUCAAAAGAAUUUCCACAAGGGAGACGACGUCAAGCUUUUCCAUCAACAGGAAAUAGAAGUGCAACUUUCCGUUGAAACUGUUGGUAGUUCAUUCUAACAGAUGACAUUGUUUAGAAGAAAUCCAAUAGAAUGACAAAAUUUAAAGAAAUUUGCAUGGUAUAUCAAGGUAUGCCUUGAUAAAAUCUUGAACCAUGUUUAUGGGUGCAAUUGAAAUGGGUUUGGCG